CCGAUAAUAAUUUCAGUCAAUCAUGAAGAAUCAAUUAGUACGGUCACUUUCUGUAUUUACAGUUAUACUGUCCCUAGGUGAGUCAAAAAAGUAUCUCCUGGAAACAGAUGGUCAGCCUGAAGGAGGUGCAGAUGGAGAUGACUACACAUUUAUAUCUCCUGAGUGGAUGGAAGAAGUCCCUUGUGAAGAGCGUAGAGGUGAAGCCAUGUGUCCUGAGGCUAUGGUUUGCGAGAUACAGAAAUGCAAACAGAAACCAUAUGAACCCGAACCAUGGGAUACCAAAGUUCCUUGUAAAGAACGUGUUGGCAACCUCACAUGUCCUGAAUUUGCAAAAAUUUGCAAAUAAGGUUAUUGUCUGAAUGAAAAUGAGGAUCCCUGGAUGGUCAGAGAUAUUCCAUGUGCUGAGAGGACAGAGGAAUUUGCAUGUCCAGAACAUUAUAGUUGUAAAAUUGACAACUGUGAACCAAAUGAUUAUGUGGCUUCAGGUCUGCCUAAAAAAUAUCUUGUGGAAACUGAAGAUGAGGUUGA